UGUGUGUGUGUGUUUCUGCGUACAUGUGUAUCGUGUUCAUGUGUUCAUAGCGCAAUGAAAAUGUUCCGAUCCUGAUAUCAGUGAAAAACCGCCAGAAUAUUUAUCUCCCAACCUGUGCGUGCGUGUAUGUGUGUGUGGGGAAAAUUGCGAUGAGUUGGUGAGGGGCGAAAGCAAGAUUGCUGGCAGGUGCUGGAAUGUGCGCUCACUGCCACGGUGGUGAUGGUCGUCAGCACGCCCAGCCGUUGUGCCGUUGUGUUCCGUAUUGGUUCCGUUUGUGUUAUCGGGUGAAGCCUGCGGCCGUGCCAGGUCCGUGAGGCGUGUGUGCUAUCCCUAGCACGGGAUAAUUGUGGUAAAGCGAAAGAUAACCACGAGUGUGUGUGUGUGGUUUUGAAGAAAGAGCGUUUGAGAGGAGAAGAAAUACACAGAUCAACAAAGAUGCAGCAACGAAGCAGUAGAGCCGGCGUGUCCGUCUCAACGAUGGAGCUGCUGCUCCGGCUAGCGGUGCUGGUGUGCACCGUCACGCUGGCCGCCAGCUCCCAGUGCACGUGGGAGUACGAAAAGUCCAGCGUCGUCUGCCGGCUACGGACACUGGAGCGUACCGGGCUGGACCUGCAAGGGGCCGAGGGCACGUCCCGGCUGGACAUUGCGUGCAGCGAGCUGAUCCUGUUCGAGAGCCAGCUGCCGCGGAACAGCUUUAGCCGGCUGGCCGCGCUCGGCGAGCUGCGGCUCGAGUCGUGCAAGCUGCUGCAGCUGCCCGAGGGUGCCUUCGAGGGGCUGCUCGCCCUGAAGAAGCUGAGCGUCAACACGCGCAACUACGAGUGGGGCCCGGGCAAGGUGCUGGAGCUGCAGGCCGGCUCCAUGCGCGGCCUGAAGGAGCUGCAAUCGCUCGACCUGAGCGACAACAACAUCCGCGCCCUGCCCGAUGGCUUUCUGUGCCCGCUGACCGGGCUGAAGGUGCUGAAUCUCACCAACAACCGCUUCCGGUCGGCGGAAGCGCUCGGGCUGGCCGAGAAGAGCUGCCCGGGCGGGUCGGAGCUGCAGGCGCUCAACCUCGCCUACAACGAGCUGCGGUCCGUGCCGACCGGCUGGGGCGUCUCGAAGCUGCGCCGCCUGCAGCACCUCAAUCUCGAGUUCAACAACAUCUCCGAGGUGCACGGUGACGCGCUGGCCGGGCUCGGGUCGCUCCGCACGCUCAACCUGAGCUACAACCAUCUGGAGACGCUGCCGGGCGGUCUGUUCGCCGGGUCGCGCGAUCUGCGCGAGAUCCACCUGCAGGGCAACCAGAUCUACGAGCUGCCCCGCGGGCUGUUCCACCGGCUCGAGCAGCUGCUCGUGCUGGACCUGUCGCGCAACCAGCUGUCGUCGCACCACGUCGACAACGGCACGUUCUCCGGCCUGAUCCGGCUGGUCGUGCUCAACCUGGCCCACAACGCGCUGACCCGCAUCGACGCCCGCACCUUUGCCGAGCUGUACUUCCUGCAGAUACUGGAUCUGCGCAACAACUCGAUCGGCUACAUCGAGGACAACGCGUUCCUGCCGGUGUACAAUCUGCACACGCUCAACCUGGCGGAGAACCGGCUGCACACGCUCGACGACCGUCUGUUCAACGGGCUGUUCGUGCUGUCGAAGCUAACGCUCAACAACAACCUCAUCAGCAUCGUCGAGCCGAACGUGUUCCGCAACUGUUCCGACCUGAAGGAGCUCGACCUCAGCUCGAACCAGCUGACCGAGGUGCCGUACGCGAUCCGCGACCUGUCGAUGCUGCGGGCGCUCGAUCUGGGCGAGAACCAAAUAGCACGCAUCGAGAAUGGCACGUUCGCGAACCUGAACCAGCUGACCGGGCUGCGGCUGAUCGACAACCAGAUUGAGAACGUCACGGUCGGCAUGUUUGCCGAUCUGCCCCGGCUCUCGGUGCUCAACCUGGCGAAGAACCGGGUGCAGAACAUUGAGCGCGGCUCGUUCGACCGCAACCUGGACAUCGAGGCGAUCCGGCUGGACGGCAACUUCCUGACCGACAUUAACGGCAUCUUUGCGACACUCGCCUCGCUGCUGUGGCUCAACCUGGCCGAGAACCAUCUGGUGUGGUUCGACUACGCGUUCAUCCCGAGCAACCUGAAGUGGCUGGACAUUCACGGUAAUUACAUCGAGUCGCUCGGCAACUACUACAAGCUGCAGGAGGAGAUUAAGGUGAAGACGCUCGAUGCGAGCCACAACCGGCUGACGGAUCUGGGCCCGAUGAACGUCCCGAACAGCGUCGAGCUGCUGUUCGUCAACGACAACCACAUUGGCACGAUUCACGCAAACACUUUCAUCGACAAGGUGAACCUGGCGCGGGUCGACCUGUACGCGAACGCGCUGAAGAAGCUGCAGCUGCACCAGCUGCGUGUUGCUCCGGCUCCUCCGACGACCGAACGGCCGCUGCCCGAGUUCUACCUCGGCGGCAAUCCCUUCGAAUGUGACUGUUCCAUGGAGUGGAUGCAGCGCGUGAACAAUCUCACCACGCGGCAGCAUCCCAAGAUAAUGGAUCUGCCGAACGUGGAGUGCAUUAUGCCGCACGCGCGGGGAUCCCCCAUCCGCCCAAUCGUGUCGCUCCAGCCGAAAGACUUCCUGUGCCGGUACGAGACGCACUGUUUCGCGCUCUGCCACUGCUGUGACUUUGACGCUUGCGACUGCGAGAUGACGUGUCCGUCGAACUGCACCUGCUACCACGAUCAAACCUGGGGCACGAACGUGGUCGACUGUGGCAAUCAGGGUGCGGCGGCGGCUGCGGCCGGUGGCCUGCGCCCGGUGCCGAUGGACGCGACCGAGGUGUACCUGGACGGGAAUGACAUCCCGGAGCUGCAGCAUCAUGUGUUUAUUGGGCGCAAGAAUCUGAAGGUGCUGUACGCGAACGCAAGCCGCAUUGCGACGAUUCAGAACCGAACGUUCGCCGGGUUGACGGCACUGCAGGCGCUCCAUCUGGAGGACAAUGCGCUGCAGCGCAUCCACGGGUAUGAGUUUGAAAAUCUGGCCCUGCUGCGGGAGCUCUACCUCCAGAACAACGGCCUCCAGAGCAUCGCGAAUGGGUCGUUUGCACCGCUGUACUCCCUGCGGGUGCUCCGGCUCGACGGCAACCGGCUGGUGACGAUGCCCCUGUUCCAACUGCAGGCUGCUCAGGGCAAUCUUCAGGCUCUCCAGUCCCUGUCGCUCGGUCGCAAUCCGUGGAGCUGCCGGUGUCGGUUCCUUCCCGAGCUGACCGCCUUCGUCGCAGACAACGCAGUCAUCGUGCAGGACCCGCAGGACGUGUACUGUGCCGACGAUGGCGUGCACCGCGAGCUGGACUUUAACGUGAGUGCCGCGUGCAGCGACUUUUACGCCGGCCGCUCGGUCCUCCCGGGCGACGGGCUGCCCGAGACGUACAUCAUGCUGAUGGCGCUGGCGGUCGUGCUGGUCUGCCUGCUGCUGCUCGCCGUGCUGAUGUUCGUGUUCCGCGAGCCGCUGCGCUUCUGGCUGUUCUCGCGCUACGGCGUGCGCGUGUUUGGGCCGCGCUGCGAGGACUCGGAAAAGCUGUACGACGCCAUCCUGCUGUACUCGGCCAAGGACGCCGAGCUGGUGGCGCGCAGCAUCGCAGGCGAGCUGGAGAAUGGUCGGCCACCGUUGCGGCUCUGUCUGCAGCACCGGGAUCUGCCCGAGGACGCGUCGCACCUGCAGCUGCUGGAGGCGUCGCGUGCCUCCCGCCGGAUAGUGGUGCUGCUGUCGCGCAACUUCCUGCAGACGGAGUGGAGCCGGUGCGAGCUGCGCCGGGCCGUGCACGAUGCGCUGCGCGGCCGUCCCCACAAGCUGGUCGUGGUGGAGGAGGGUGGCGGCGUGCUGCUGGAGGCGGAGAACGACGUCGAGCUGGUGCCCUACCUGAAGACGACGACGGUGACGCGGGUGCGGCGCGGCGACCGCCACUUCUGGGAGAAGCUGCGGUACGCGCUGCCCGUGGAGGCGCCCUACCGCGGCAACAACUACACCAUCGACCAUCACGAGCGCGUGAAGCAGACGGGUGGCGGCGGGGGCGGAGGUGCGGGGGGCCAGGGAGGGGCCGGUGUGAUGUUCCGGCAGCCGCCGCCGCCCGCCUACUGUCCCGAGAUCGAUGAGGCGAACUACUCGUCGGCGACGACGGCCACCCCGUCGCCGCGGCCGUCGCGCCGCGGCAUGGUGGAGGUGCCGACCCAGCGGCCGCCCAGCGAACACAUCUACUCGAGCAUCGACUCCGACUACAGUACGCUGGAGUGUGAGAACAUGGUGAUGGCACCGGCCGGCGUCCAUCGGCCGUCGUGGCGUUCGGCGGCCGGCGCUGGCGGCCCCGGUGGCCAUCCGGGCGUCCAGAACGGUGGCACGAUGCAUCCGCACGGUGCGGGUGCCGGCGGCCACCACGUGCAGGCGUAUCUGGUGUGAAGCGGAGCCUCGGUUAGUCAGUUAGGUAAGGGAAGGGAGUUUAGGAGGGGGCGUAGGUGCGUGAACGCGGAACUGAUAAAACGAAAGUGCUAAAGUCUGUACGUGUAUCUGUGUGUGUGUGCGUGUGUAUUAUAGAAUCGGCGUCAAAGGAGGUGCGAGUGCGUCGCGCAAAGAAAAACAGUUUGUAAAAAGGAAAUCCGCUACCCCCCUCCCGCACACACUCUUAAUCAAAUCUUAAGUUUAGCUCCCCUGUACAUUGUACGCGCGUUAGAUUCGCGUUUUUUUGUGUAUAUUUGUUUUUCUUUCUCCUCUAGUUCGUCGCUUAACGCGCCUACCCAAUUAAGCCUGUAUGUAUGUGUUCGUUAUUGCAAAAAAAAAAACAAAGCGGCAGUUAAAGUGUAAUUUAAUUUAAUUUGCUCGAGAAUCCGGAAGGUGCGACGCGUGUGCGAAGUGACGACGAACCCCGGUCACUCUCGGUUUUGCACAACCCGUUCGCUGCCGUCGCUCGCUCUCACAACAGUCAUCUCUUAAAGUAUUCUUAGUAGGGAAAGGUUAAAUAAAGUACGGAGAAAAUACUGGCCGGCCGGCCGGGGUCGAUGGUGAACUGAAAAAAGAAAACAUAAAUCGAACAGCCACAACAGCGCGAGUGGCCGGCUAGGCGCAGUAGGUUGGCGUGAGAGAGGUCCCUCUCUGGCUGACGUUUUGUGAGAGUAGGGAGGGAGGGAAAUUGGUGAAAAAGGAGGAAAAACUAUUUGUGAUAUCGUAUUUAAUAAGUUUUAAAUGUAAUCAUCGGUAGCGCAGCGUGGCAGUGGAAGAGGAACAGUGGUUUUGAGGGAAACACGCCCUUGAAGUAAAUAGAACUACGUACACCAAACCCCAAAACUAGGAAGGCAUAUUGAAAAUUACAAAAAUGGAUAACCAGAAGAACCAUGAGAGGCGCACAGGUCUUAGUUCAUUUUAGUUUUUUUCUCUCUCUCAGCUAGAUUAACGGUAAAUUAUGUGGAAAAUGUGUGUUGCGAAGGCUCAAAAACUAAACACCGACAAAGUGACAAAACUCACCAGGUCGUUGAAAUAAAGCGAAAGAAGGAUAAAACUUUUAAAAACAAAACAAAACAACCAA